AUGAAGAUCACCAUGCUCUCGUCCAGGCCCGUCAAGCCCGAUUACGGCGCUUGCGGUGCACCUCCGGGCAGCACGGACGACGUCGUCCCGCUCACCGUGCUCGACAAGGCCAACUUCGACGCGUACAUCUCCGUCAUCUACGCGUUCCGCCCACCGGCGCCGCCCAACGCCGUCCUUGAGGCCGGCCUGGCCAGGGCGCUGGUGGAUUACCGCGAGUGGGCUGGGCGGCUCGGCGUCGACGCGGCCACCGGCGACCGCGCGAUCCUGCUCACCGACGCGGGAGCGCGGUUCGUGGAGGCGACGGCCGACGUGGCGCUGGACAGCGUCAUGCCGAUGAAGCCGACCACGGAGGUGCUGAGCCUGCACCCGAGCGGCGACGACGGGCCCGAGGAGCUGAUGCUCAUUCAGGUCACGCGCUUCGCGUGCGGGUCCAUCGUCGUGGGGUUCACCGCGCAGCACCUCGUGUCCGACGGCCGUGCCACCAGCAACUUCUUCCUAGCGUGGAGCCAGGCUACCCGCGGCGUCGCCGUCGACCCCGUCCCGGUGCACGACCGCGCCUCCUUCUUUAAACCACGCGAUCUGCCGCAGGCUGAGUACGAGCACCGCGGAGUAGAGUUCAAGCCCUACGAGGAGAUUGACGAAAACGACGACGAAGGACACGCCGGGGACGGCGACGUGGUGGUGGUAAACAAGGUGCACCUCAGCCUGGAGUUCAUCUCCAAGCUCAAGUCGCGGGCGUCUGUGGGCGCGCAACGGCCGUACAGCACGCUGCGGUGCUUGGUCGCCCACCUCUGGCGGUGCGUGACAAAGGCGCGCGGGCUCGACGGGAGCGUUUCCACCAACGUGGCCAUCGCCGUGGACGGGCGAGCGCGGAUGAGCCCGCAGGUGCCGGACGGCUACACCGGCAACGUCGUCCUCUGGGCGCGGCCCACCGCCACGGCGCAGGAGCUCGUGAUGAGGCCGCUGCAGCACGCGGUGGAGCUCAUCAACCGGGAGGUGGCUCGGAUCAGCGGCGGCUACUUCGAGUCCUUCAUCGACUUCGCCAGCUCCGAGGCGGUGCAGAAGGAGCGGCUGGUGCCGACGGCCGACGCGGCGGAGAUGGCGCUGAGCCCCAACAUCGAGGUGGACAGCUGGCUGCGGAUCCCGUUCUACGACCUCGACUUCGGCGGCGGGCAGCCAUUCUUCUUCAUGCCAAGCUACCUGCCGGUGGAGGGCCUGCUCAUCCUGCUGCCGUCUUUCGCCGGCGACGGGAGCGUGGACGCCUACGUGCCCCUCUUCAGCCGCGACAUGGACGCCUUCAAGAACUGCUGCUACAACCUCGAGUAG